AAAAAGUAUUAUUUUAUUAUUAUACGCUCGUUUGCUUUAAAUGUUAGCAAAAAAAGACGCCAACUUCGACGUCCUCGAGCUAUUCAGAGACAAGAAACUGGUAAAAACAUGCGCCCCGAUGGUGCGCUACAGCAAGCUGCAAUUCAGGAACCUGGUGAAACUGUACGACUGCGACCUGGCCUUCACGCCGAUGAUCCUCGCCGAUUCGUUUCGCCUCAGCGACAAGGCCAGACGCAACGAAUUCACCACGAACUCCCUCGACGCGCCGCUCAUCGCCCAAUUCGCCGCCAACGCGCCCCGCGACUUCGUCGCCGCCGCCCGCCUGGCCGCCCCCUUCUGCGACGGCGCCGACCUCAACUGCGGCUGCCCCCAGAGAUGGGCCAAGGACAGGCAGCUCGGCUGCGAGAUGCUCAAGCGGCCCGAAUCCAUUUGCGAUAUAAUCAAACAAUGCAGGAAUCGAAUUGCGAAACCGUUCACUGUGAGCGUCAAAAUGCGACUGCUAAACGAUGAUAGACAGACAGUGGAGGUGUGUAGGAGGCUCGAAAGGGCCGGUGUGAGUUUCCUAACGGUGCACGGUCGAACGUCGAGCCAAUUAGUCGGUGAAAUCAACAGGGAGGCGUUGAAAUUGGCGAGGGAAAAUUGCGACGUUCCGGUAAUAGCCAACGGGGGCGCCACGAGCCUCGAGGAUUGCAUCGAAUUGAGCGAGUACACGGGAUGCAGAGGAAUUAUGGUGGCCAACGGCAUAUUGAGUAAUCCUACGAUGUUUUCGGGUAGUUCGAGGACGACGAUCGACUGCGUACAAAACUGGUUAGAUAUUUGCUACAACAGUACCAUAUCGUUGGAUAAUUACGAGAGGGAACGAAGAAAAUCCGUCGUCGGUGCGAUUAAAGAGAAACCUUUCAAUCUUACAUUCCAAGUGUUCCACCAUCAUUUAGUGUUCAUGUUGGAGAAACUGUUGCCAAGGAAUCGACGGCGCGUCUUUAAUAAUUUAAAAACAUUCAGCGAGGUGCUGGAAUUUCUACAGGACCAUUUCCACAUUAAACCUCGUUUGUUCGAACUAGAUUUAUUUUUAAAAUACAACAACAUCACCACGGAUUACGCCGAUAUCGAUACAUCGUGCCUAGACAAUAGCGAAAUACGCGAAGGGCACGGUAAAUUCUUUACUGAUAAAAUCAACGAGAGCAACGACGAUGAUGAUGUUGAUUGUUGCGGCUGGUCGAAUAUAUUUCUCGAAAACGGAUGAUUAAAUUGCUGCGAGACAAAAAAAAACAACCAAAGUGUGUACACUCAUUUCUUCCUUCCACCUCUUUCUUUGAUUUGCAACUGAAUGACCGCUCCUUGCGUCACAUUGUAGUAAGCCAACGUGUUGGAAUCCUUGAAGAACAUUCCCUUCAAAAGAAAUAUACAUAAGAACUAUCUAGAUUCUAGGCGAUAGGUAAAGGUACUUACGUCGAAGAAUAAUUUCUGUUUGGCCGGCGGCAUGUUCGUUUCCUCCUGGAUUUUGGCCUUCAGAUUCGACACCGACUCCGUCAACGCCAACGUCCACGAUACCAUUUGGCCCUUCAACCUCCAUUCCGAUUUCUCCGGCAUCACAGGCACCGAAAUCUUGAUAGACACUUGACUCUACGAAACAGAAACAUUUUACAAUCGUAUUUCG